GGUGAGCCAGACAGACUGACAAACAAACAGACCCAACUGUGCUCGGGGGAGGGUUUGUCCUCCCGUUUUGCCCGGCUGCAGCAGCAUGGACGUGUUGGCUAGUUAUAGUAUAUUCCAGGAGCUACAACUUGUCCACGACACCGGCUACUUCUCAGCUUUGCCAUCCCUGGAGGAGACCUGGCAGCAGACAUGCCUUGAAUUGGAACGCUACCUACAGACAGAGCCCAGGCGGAUCUCGGAGACCUUUGGCGAGGACUUGGACUGCUUCCUCCGAGCCUCUCCUCCCCCGUGCAUCGAGGAGAGCUUCCGCCGCCUAGACCCCCUGCUGCUGCCCGUGGAGGCCACCAUCUGCGAGAAGAGCUCCGCCGUGGACAUCUUGCUCUCUCGGGACAAGUUGCUCUCCGAGACCUGCCUCAGCCUCCAGCCAACCAGCUCUUCUUUAGACAGCUACACAGCCGUCAACCAGGCCCAGCUCAACGCAGUGACCUCAUUAACGCCCCCGUCGUCCCCGGAGCUCAGCCGCCAUCUGGUCAAAACCUCGCAGACUCUGUCGGCCGUGGACGGCACGGUGACGUUGAAACUGGUGGCCAAGAAGGCUGCGCUGGGCUCGGCCAAGGUGAGAAGCCUUACAAGUGCUCCUGGGAAGGCUGUGAGUGGCGUUUUGCACGGAGUGAUGAGCUCACGAGGCACUACAGGAAACACACAGGUGCAAAGCCCUUUAAAUGCAACCACUGCGACAGGUGUUUUUCCAGGUCUGACCAUCUUGCCCUCCAUAUGAAGCGACAUAUCUAAAAACAACAACAACAAAACAAACCCUAAAGGCCAGAGUUGUCAUGGCGUCGGCCAACGUCCGAAGGAAAUGCCGUGAGGCAGAGGGCUGGACUUCAGGCGGGGGAUCCAUUGCCUUGCAGAAGAAAGUUCUCACUUAAAACCUCUGUGUACACACACGCGCGCACACACACAGACCCACACACCCUGUCACACACAGAUGCACACACGCACCUACUGUCGUGCACUCAACUCUAUUUAAACUAUACACAUCUAUUCCUUAUGCCUUGCCCUAGCCAGAUGGUAGAAGGCGAAGAGGAAGGAGGCCUGGUGAACUCAGCAAGGCAGACCGGCUGCUUACUUCAGCUCUCUUGGAAUUACUUCCUGCUGUUGCCAAUGGAAAUCAAAGCAAAUGGAUGUGACGUCUCCGCAGGUGGACGGCAAUCUGAGGGGCUUAUUUUGCUUCUCGGUGCAACUUAAUAGGAGAAUCCAACGUCUUACAAUUGCAUAUGUGUAGCACUAAUGUUUCUUUUUAAAUAGUUGGGGGAAAAAUGACCUAGAAAACCAAAUUGCAGUUUGGUAGCCAAAAUUAACUCUUGGUUUAUUUGUCCUUUGUGUGUGAAAAGUCCUACUAUUUCGUGCGUCAGACUUUCUCACAGAACUGUUGCUUGGUUUGGGUUCUUCUUGGAACCAUUGAGAUCUUUCGAGUCGGUACCAACGGCCUUAUGGCCUUACAGGCGGCAGACUCUGGAAUCCCACCUAAACACCUUUCUGGCCUGCAUUUCUCUAGACUUCACUCUCAAGGGAGGAGUUUUCUUUUCUUUUCUUUUCUUUUUUUUGACUCUUGCACACCAUAUGCACUAGGGAUUCUGGAAACUUCUAGCAUGACUGCAAAGUGGCCAAGAGAAUAAAAGUCUUUGAUGAUAAGUCACAGUAUAUCCCUUGAGCCUCACCUUAUUGCCAGUGCUAGAUUUUUUUUCUCUUUUUUAAUCUCUUUUUUGUUUGUUGGGUUUCUUUGCUAAUGAAAACUUGAAAAGCUUAUUUGGAAGCUUCAAUGUUUUAUCUUUCCUCCGUGGACUAAACCUCUCCAGGACUCUGUCAGCACCUGGCUCUCGAAGCAGCCAAUCAGAUGGGACAUCACAGUUCUCUCACCCUCCUUGAGGCCUGGUGACCUCAGCGCCUAGUGGUCAGCCACUGCGCUGUGUGUCAUUGCUACCCUAGUCACACCAUAGAUGUCGCUAGUCUCCAAGGGCAGCUGCAUAUUUAAUCUAACUCUGGGUUAGGACCUGUCAUAAAAAGCCAAAAAUAAUCACUCUUUCCAGGAGUAGGGAAAACUGAGGAUGCUUCCCAAGUCAAGUGGCUUCACAAAACAUCACCCUAUCCCCCUCUCUCAUGCUCACUGAGCUCAUGUUACCCACUUGUUCAGAUACACAGUUCAAAAUGCCAUUGUGGGAAUGUAGGGUUGACCAUUAAGAAAAGGGCAGAGGUGUUGCUCGUGUGAUAUUUCUAGGGUGUGUUGGCUAGGCCCACCAUGACUUGUGAUCUAGAGUGCCCAGGAUCAACAGAGGCCUCACAUUUACUCCACAAGCUGUCUCCAAGGGGGUUAUGGUCCUUACUUGCCACCCCUUUCCCCCAGACACACAUAUCCAAUAUUGAUCUUGCUCUGCCCACAUUCGUAGCUAGCUGGCACUGGCCUCAAACUCCAAAGACUGCCUUUAGGACCAUUAAAUGGCCUAUGCAAGCAAGCGGGGUGGUUAUUAGGACAGAUUGUAUAUUUUGUAUAUUCUGGGACCAUCCCUUCAAGACACGUCUAAAAAUAAAUAAAUAAAAAUGGC